CACGGUAUCGCGCCAUACCUCUUCACUUUCCUUCCUUGCCAAUCUUUCUCAUAUUUUCUUUCUUGGUUUCGUCGAUCUCUCUCUGUCACUCAAUCAAAAGCUUCGUAUCUCGUUAAGGUGAUUCAAUCCAAAAUGGGGGAUCCGGUUCACCUGGAGAGAAUGGGCAGAGAACUCAAGUGCCCUAUCUGCUUAAGUUUGCUGAACUCUACAGUUUCUCUUCCGUGCAAUCAUGUUUUCUGCAAUUUGUGUAUUAUGAAAUCAAUGAAAUCAGAUUCCAGUUGUCCUGUUUGCAAAGUGCCAUAUAGGCGAAGAGAGAUCCGUGCUGCUUCUCACAUGGAUAACUUGGUGAGCAUUUACAAAAGCAUGGAAGUUGCUUCAGGAAUCAACAUAUUUGUCACUCAGAAUGCUCCCCCAACAAGAUUAUCAGAUGAAGAAAAAUGUGAAGAUGUUGCCAAGUGUGAUGGGCAAGAAACAUCUAAAGGAAAGAGAUUGCGCAAAUCAGUUAAACCCAAGCUGUUGGGUCCUACUAACGCAAAGCCUUCCUUUCCAACCAAGAAAAGGGUUCAAGUUCCCCAAUAUCCUCUCUCGGAGACCCCAAAACAACCCAUGAAAUCUGGAAAUGGGUACGGUGAAAAUACUGAGGAUGGAUCAAAGAGCAGCUCACUCAUUUCAAAGGAAAAUAUGGCUUUAAAUGGAAAAGAAAAGCCACAGCUUUCGCCUUUCUUUUGGUUGAGAGAUGAAGAUGCAGAAAACUUGAGUCAGGAUACUGAUAUGGAUCAAUCAAUAGAUAUGACACCACCCAUUGUUCCUUCUUUCAGUGAUAUCAAGGACUCUUAUGAUGACAACCCCACUGGAUUCUAUCCAACGGGAAAAGUUUGUGGCAAAUCCUCUGGCACUGAUGUCUUUGAUAGCGAGAUGUUCGAAUGGACACAAAGAGCUUGCUCCCCUGAACUGUUCUCGAGUCCAGUCAAAGAGAAGGUUUCAAAUACAAACAGUGAAAGGAAUGAUGGAAGUCGGCGUAAAAUAUCUGAGCUAGUGUCACAGUGUACAAAUACAAAAGAAAACUCUAGCCAUGACAAUGCAAGAAAGUUGAAUACCAAACAAGGAACUGGUUGUAAGGAAAAGAUAUCACUGACAUACUCAUCUUCGAGGACGCGAAGUACUCAUUCUGAAAUUUUGAAAGAGAAGCCCGACAAGAAAAGUGGGAAGGCUAGGGAAACAGCCAGGAAGAAGUUUAGUAAGAAAAAUGCACAUCAAAGUAAUGUGUUUCAUGUUAACUUAAAUGAAGAUUCUGAAAAUUUUAGUCAAACUAGCAAGAGAGUAUCUCCAAAUUCAGAUGAUAGUGCGAAAAGGAUGAAGGCCUGUUCUAGUACUACUGCAGUGAAACUGACACCUGAAAAUCUUCCUGCUGUCUCAGUUAGGGCAGAAAGUGAUAACAUCUUAGGGACUGGGAGGCUACUUGAUUCAUCAAGUAAGAGCGCCUAUCACGAAACUGAUCAUGGUUUGAGAUCAAAGAGACAAAAGGUAGAUUCCCUGAAAAUCAGCAGACUUGAAGAAGUUCCUGCAGUUCACAACCAAGCAAAUGAAGAUACAAUUGCUCAAGUCUCCUUGUCUGUUCCUCUGGAUGAUAAUAAGAAAGCAUCUGCUUCAACAAUACCCAAUAAGCAUAACAAGGCAAUCAGGCUUCCUAGUAGAUCAAAAUCCAAUCGAGAGAUGAAGCAGAACAAAAAGGUUUCGUUUGACUGCAGCUCAAAAAAUGUUUUGGUUGAUGGCAUUCAAGACAGUCAUACUGAUGUUUCUACAAAGGAAUUUCACUUGACUGAAAAGAUUGAAGGCAGCAUUCAUGUUUCUGUUGUGGAUGGUUUGUUAGAGGCCGAGAAGCUUUCUUUAACAAAUAGAGUGGCUUUGAGCAAAUGUGGUUCUGUUACUAGUAAAAUUCAGUGUUCUUUCUGUCUUUCUUCAGAAGAUACUGAGGCUUCUGGAGAGAUGAUCCACUACCUUAACGGUAAACCUGUUUCUGCAGAUUAUAAUGGAGGAUCAAAGAUCAUACAUUCACAUAGGAACUGCAGUGAAUGGGCCCCAAAUAUCUAUUUUGAAGCUGAUACUGCGAUUAAUCUUGAAGCUGAGUUAGUUCGGAGUCGAAGAAUUAAAUGCUGUGUCUGUGGACUCAAAGGCGCUGCACUUGGGUGUUAUGAGACGAGUUGUCGCAAGAGUUUUCAUAUUCCUUGUGCAAAGUUAAUCCCACAAUGUCGGUGGGAUGCUGAAAAUUUUGUUAUGCUAUGCCCCCUUCAUCUCUCCUCAAAGCUCCCAAGUGGAAUUUCCGGAUCUCAGGAAAGGAAACUAAAGAAAUGCAUUCCAAAAGUCAAGCCAUACACUCAAUACAACAAUGUUGCUGAUAUAGAUGGCAUGAAUGCAAGUAGGAAGAGGAAACUGUGUAAAGCAUUUGACAAAAUCGUUCUAUGUUGUUCAGCUCUCACAGUUGGAGAGAGGGAAAUUAUUUCUGAAUUUGAGAGAUUUUCCGGAGUUACAGUAUUAAAGACUUGGAAUUCAAGUGUCACCCAUGUUAUUGCAUCUGUAGAUGACAAUAAAGCAUGUAAAAGAACCCUCAAGAUUUUGAUGGGCAUCUUGGAGGGGAAAUGGAUCUUGAAUAUUGAGUGGGUUAAGGCUUGCAUCAAUGCUAUGGAGCCAAUUGAUGAGGAGCAAUAUGAAAUUACUGUUGACAUUCAUGGAAUCAGAGAUGGUCCACGUCUUGGUAGACUGCGAGUUGCAAACAAGCAACCAAGGCUUUUUGAUGGGUUCAUGUUCCAUUUUGUGGGAGAUUUCGUACCUUCUUAUAAGAGUUAUCUGCAAGAUCUUGUAGUAGCUGGUGGAGGAGCUAUCCUGCAUAGAAAGCCUGUUUCCGGACAGGUAUUUGGUUCACCUGCAGCUUCAACCUUCAUAGUUUACAGCCAAGAGCUGCCUGAAAGGUGUGAUCCGGGUAAAAGUAUUAUGACUCUUAGUAAGAGGCAUUCUGAUGCAGAAGCUCUGGCAAGUUCCACAGGAACUACAGUAGUAAGCAACUUGUGGGUUUUGAACUCCAUUGCAGCCUGCAAAUUGCAAGGUAUUGGUGAAUGACGUAGAUUGUAGGCUCCUAUAGGUAAUGGAUGUAUAAUCUUCGUUAAUUAUGCGUCUUAAUCUUUAUGUCAAAGACAUGUAUUGAUAUCUAUUC